AUGGCCCUCCCCACAGUCUCUCUCACCUCCCGCGCCGAGAGCGAGUCUUGCAUGGCAAGGGGCACCAAGGUCACCGAGUGGACCGUCAACGACUUUGACUUUCACGCCACAAUCACAAAGACCACCCCCAAGAAGCAGACCGCCAGCGGCAGCGUGAGCUUCCUCCUCGAGAACAAGGUCCUCAACUACAAGGCCAAGUGCACUGCCACCUCUGAUAAGCCCAACGACUUCUUCUACGGCAGCACCGACUACAACUGCGACGUUCCCCUCAAGGGCGACGCCGCCUCCUUCACCUUUGACCGCAAGUCGGGCAAGCUCUCCAUCGUCCAGUCCUGGAGCUGCCUCAAGGAGGGAGGCCGCUUCGAGGCCAAGGGUAACACCAACGUCAAGCUCGAGUGCAAGGAGAAGAACUGGAAGAACCCCAACUACAACAGUGGCUCCAAGACCUACUCCAACAAGAAGAUCACCUGCGAGAAGACCACCUUCAAGGCCCCCAUCCUCGAGAUCAGCGCCGUCCUGUAA